AUGAAUUUUAAAGAAGAACGAAUUCUUGAAUAUCUCAACAAUUUACAACUCUAAAUUACUGAUCCAACCUAGAAAUAGCAGGAUUACUAUGAAUCAAAAAAGCACAAAAUUAUUAACUUAGAUCAUAAACACUGUGACAGCGAUCCUUCAUCCCCCUUUUCGCUUAGAGAGAUACAUAGCCCUGUAUCUCUCUUUCAUGCUUACAGUGUUUAAUCGUGCGAUAUUAAUAGUCAUCAUAAUUAUAAUCAUCACAAUAAUCAAUAGAUUCAUCAUGCUCAUCAUUCAUUCAGAUUGCACUUGAAUAUACAUUCAGGUACUGAAAAGAAAGUAGAAAUUUGA